AUGCUAGUCCAAAACUUACUUAACUAUGCUCUAGAGUAUCCUCUCCAAUUCUUAGGAAUUCUUACUGCUUGCCUUGUAACCUACUUCUACUUGCUCUACCCAUUCUUCUUGUCGCCGCUUCGGCAUAUUCCGGGGCCCGCGCUCUACCGUGUGAGCUACUUACCAAUUCUCCACAAAGCACGCACCGAGCUGCGGAAUGAAUUGUUGCACAAUUUGCAUAAACAAUACGGGCCAAUUGUGGUCAUCUCACCUUCUGAACUUUCCUUCAACGACCACAAAUACUUGAAGGAUAUUUAUAUAAGAAACUUUCCCAAGUCGCACUUCUACAACUUUGGAAAUUUCGGCCAGACCAACGCCUUUUCUAUGAAAGACAAUGUGGCGCACAUUGAACGCAGAAAACGCAUGAAUCCGUUGUACACCAAGUCCUACGUGUUUUCCCAGGAGAGCCAGACUAUCUUGUACGAAAAGGUGACCAAGUUGACAGAGGACAUCUACCGAACCUCUAUUACGGCCGAGACACCUGAUUACACCAGUGCAGCUUCGCCAUUCAACAAGUUAGGUAAAGGCUACAUUCUCGGUUCCGGCAACUGGUUGCAGCCAAAGGCUCGUAAUUUGGGAAUGGAGAUGUACGGGACAUUCUCAGCCUUGGCCAUGGAUGUGGUUACGUCGUUUGAAUUAGGGCCAAAUUGUAGCACGGAUUUUUUGUCUAACAAGCAAGACAGGCAGAUCGUGGAGGCCCACAGACAGCAGUCUUCCAUGUGGUUCUACGUCACCAGCAUCCCUAGCCUCUGGAACAUAGCCGCUUCCCCUGCGAUCAAAAACGCAUCAGUUGCCAUCAAGCAAUGGCAGUACAACUUGUUUAGGAAGGCUGAAACCAUGGUGCUUUCAGAAAAGAGUUCACCUCCUAGUACGCUCAAAACCUUGCUCGAUUUUGGCUUAGCCGGCAAUGACGUGUAUUCAGAAUUGGCCGACCAUAUCUUUGCGGGACACGAAACAACAGGAAUCUCCUUGUCAUACGUCGCCUGGGAAUUGUCCCGACCGGUAAAUCUGGAGAUCAAGGCCAGGUUACAUCAGGAAAUGGUGGAUGUAUUCGGCGAGCCACCAAAGGGUGAUAGCAGUUUCUCUCCGCCUUUGGACAGCUUGGAGGUUAUUGAUCAGUUGCCGUACUUGGAAGCGUUCAUGCAAGAGAUAUUGAGAGUGCAUGCCGCCAUCCCAGGAUCCGAACCUCGAUUGGUCGAUCGCAAAUACGUUGCUCAUGUUGGUGGGUUUGAGGUGGAGAUUCCCCGUCAAACCAUUGUGUCGGUCCAGCCAUGGAGCAUGCACCGUAACUCCGAGGUAUUUGCUCAGCCAGAUAAAUUUAUGCCCGAGAGAUGGCUCAACCAGGCGGGAGAGACCCUAGAGGCGUAUAAGACGCGCUUGCAUUUGCAGAAGAAGUUCAUGUGUCCAUUUGGCCAGGGUCCAAAAAUGUGUCUUGGAAUGAAUAUUGCAGUCCUGGAGAUGAAAUUGUGUGUGGCUAACUUGUACUGGCGGUUUGAUUCGAAGAUCUGUGGUGAUUGGUGCGAGGUUGUGAGCAGGGAGAAUUCAAAGGGCGAGGCCCUCAUGGGUGUUAAGCAUUGUGGAGAUUUGAUGACUGAUGAAGAGAAGAUGAUUAUGGUAGAUGCAUACACCAGUAGGCCGUUGGUUGAUGAAUUGUGGAUUGAGUGGUACGAGUGGGAGAAAGCAGGCGGGAACAGCUAG